UGGUGAUGUGACAGCAAGGACUGCGGGUGAAUUAAACCUUUUUUGUUAUUUUAAUCUUUUUAAACAAGUUUAGAGGAAAGCAUAACACUGCAGCAGCAAUGGCAGCUACAGUGUUUAAAGAAUUUCAGGAAGAUGUUACUUAUGCGCCAUUUCUGGAGGAGGACUUCGAUGUCCAGAGCCACACCAGUCAGAUGGUUCAGGGUGUUGUCAUUGCUGAACAGCUGAAUAAACUUACUCUUGGAAUUAACCGUUUGGAACGUGAGAUAGAGAGUCAGGUUGGGAGCCACUAUGAAGAUCUUCUGUCACAGGCUACAGGAGUUGAGACAUUGGAAGAUGUUCUGAAUACAAUGCAUACCAGAAUCCAGACACUUCUGGCUGGAGUGGAGAGGCUCAGAGUGCGAGUUGUGGAUCCGUACCAGAGAGUGGAGAAGCACACACUCAUCCUGGGAAGACUUCAGGCCACCUGUGAGCUCCUGAGAAGAGUCAUACGCUGUCUCAUGUUGUCACAGAGGCUACAGCAGCAACUUGCCAAUGGACCUCGGGAUAUAACAAAAGCAGCAAGCAGUCUAAGUGAACUAGACCACCUGGGUCGUGAUGUGGAUUUAACAGGGUUGGAGGUCCUAGAAAGGGAUCAAAGACUAGUGCGGCAGGCUCGUUCUGAUGUUGAGAAGCAGGCUGUGGCAAUGAUGGACCGUGGUAUGGAGGCACAAAACCAAACUCAGGUUGCAACAGCUCUUCAGGUAUUCCACAACUUGGGCAUUCUUGUUCCAAGUGUAGAGAAGGUACUAGAAUCCCUGAUCACUCGCCUCAACAAUAGUGUGUCCCUCUCGCUCGAUGUCAAUGCACUCACUCAAGUGAAUCAGGAUACAAAGAAAGCUGGUCCUGGAAAAGCUAUCAUGCCUGCACCAGGACAAUCUGCACAGUUCCGAGCCUCUUUGUGGUCAAACCUUGAGAAGCUGAUGGAUGAUAUAUACCAUGUUUGUGUUCAGACAUCACAUCUUCAUAAGGUCUUAGCAAAGAAGAGGGAUCCUGUGACUCACGUCUGCUUCUUGGAUGAGGUGCAACGUCACAGCAACAGUGACUUGUUUACACGGGUAUGGAGGAACAUCACCCGCAUCUUGACGGAAGAAUUUGCAAAAGCUGCUCAGGAUUCUCCAUUCAUCCGCCAAGCCCUAGAAGUGGACUACCCCAAGCUGGUCCGGCUUUAUGGGGAUUUGUGGCGGAGGCUCGAGGGUAUCAGCCUGGAGAUGAGGCACACGUCCACAGACAUUUCUACUUCUGGUGUAGAUGGAGACAUUGGUGAAGACGACGAAGUAGAUAAAGGAGACAAGAAGAUUGAGGAGUUUGAUCCAGAACAAGCUCUUCGACAUACCUUGGUGCCUCUAGAGAAAGCCUACCUCUCUAGGUCUCUUUCUCGCCUCUUUGAUCCUGUCAACCUAAUGUUUGCUGCGCAAGAUGCCCCUCCUGCUAAGGAUGAAGUUGAUGCCUUAAUAAAAACUAUUACAAGGAACCCCAACUGCUGGUCAAGCCUUGAACGGAGCUGUAGUGAACCAGCUGCUGUAUGUCAGAAGUCAAAUAGAGCGCACAGCUUCAGCCACUCUAGCCCAUCUGCCGCAGCCUGUCACCAAUACCCUCCUGCAGGCUCUUCCACCCAUAGAUGCUCUCAUGGCCUCUGCAGUGCAACCCCUCUUUCUGUCCAUUACACAAGCAGUAGAGGCCAUCAUUCUCACAAUGCAUAAUGAGGACUUUUCUGGAGGAGAUACAGGUGGCAGUGACUCACAGUGUUCGCUCUACAUGAAAGAGCUCCAAGGGUUUAUCAACCGAGUAGCAACGGAUUAUGUUGCUAUUUACCAGCCUUCGGCAAUUAUAAAGGAAAAUGUGCAUAUGCUAGCAUGCAGGUGCUUAGAAUUAUUUGUACGUCAUGCAAGUCUGUUGCGUCCAAUAGGAGAUGGUGGAAAACUGCGACUGGCAGCAGACUUUGCCCAGAUGGAACUGGCCAUCAAUCCUCUGUGCAGCCGUCCAUCAGAGCUGGGCAAGCCAUACCGCAUUGUGAGGACCUUCCGACCGCUGCUAUUCCAGACGACAGACCACAUCAGCGCUUCACCCAGCAUUGGAGAUGUCAUUCCCUACUCGGUCAUCCUGCACUUCUUGUUCGCUAAGGCUCCUCCGGAACUUAGGUCUCCGCAUCAGACUGCAGGAUGGUCGGUCAGCAGGUAUAGCAACUGGCUGGAUGAACAUCGUGAUGAGCGAGAGAGAUUGCAGCUUGUGAGAGGUGCCCUGGAGGCGUACGUAGCCAAUGUCAGAUCACGCAACCUCACACAGUUCGCCCCAGUAUAUCCUGUCAUGCUCAAACUCUUAGAGAGAGGGAUGAGUGCACAUGGAAUGUCAAGUACUUCUUAGGUAUGAAAGUGUUUGAAGUUUAGGGCUAUAGGUUUUCUGAUCUGUGUUAUAUAUUUUAUAUUUGACUUAUAGUAUGGGUGUCUGUUUAGUCUUUGUAAAGCUUGUGAAGGUUUUAUGCUGAAUGAGCACUUGUAUAUUAAUUUAUUGUUAUUAUUAUUUUAUUUUAUUUUAUGAUCCAGAACUCGAGCAAGAUUUUUGGAAUAUAUGAAUGCUUUUGUUUGAUGAUUGCACAAUGCAGGUAUUUGAAUCUUAGAUCUAAAUUUUUUUGUUAUGAAGUUAAGAGAUUAAAAUAUGAUGAAGCAUGGCAUUAUUUUUAACCAUCAGUUGAGCUCCAGAUGAUGGAUAAACAGUUAAUGGUUGAAACAAAUAUAUAUGCCAGACAUCAAAGGUCAAAUAGCGCUAUGGUCAAGUAUUGCGGUGAAAAGGGUAAAGUUGAGUUAAAGAUUAGGAUGAAAUGUGUUAGAUGUCAAAGAUUAGAGGGUUAUAGAAUUGAUAUUAUGUGAUUAUAUUAGGAAUUUAUUUAGAAAAAAUAUGGUGUGGUUAUUUAAAACUUCGUGCUCAUCUUUCUGAGAAUAUAUAAAAUAUGUAACAAUUUGAAUCGUUUAUGAAAAUGUUCAAGUUUGAGAAGCUACCACGGUAGUUUAUCUGAUCUCGCUCAACCAUUCACAUCCUGAUCUGCAAUGUCUUAUGAUCAAAACAGACCAAUACCAUAAUUUGUAAACCUAUCUUUGUUUUAUUUCAUUUUCAUUUGCCAUCAUUCAGAUUUGAAUGUGUCAAAUUUAUACAAGUAAAGGAACAGAAGAGUGAAAAUUAGAUGCUAACUCAAGAAAAAUGGACAAAGUUUCCAGUGUACUAGUUUUCUUAUUUUAGUUCACAUAAUUCUGACAAGUCUUCUUGCUGUAUUAGCUCCCUUCUUGACGAACUUUCCAGACCACUUGGAAUGGUAGCCCAGCAAAAUUAUGGGGAAUGUUCACCUUGAUUUCACAUAUCAAAUGCGCUUAUGUAUAAGGACAAAUAAUAACACACAAGAAAGGAAAAUGUACAUUUAUUAGUGGAAAUUUCUCCUGCUGAUACCAACAAUACCUCCACUUCCUGCUCAUUCGCUGUCGACUCCUUUAUUACAAACUCGUUUUCUUAUAUUUCCAGGUCCCGUUGCACAAGAAGAUAUUACCUAGCAUAUGAUUUUUUUUAUUUUUUUAUUUUUUAUAUAUAUAUUUUUUUAGUGGGGGAAAAGACAUGAUAAUACAACUGCCUCUAUGUCAGUACACUUAUCCACUUUACCAUAGUUACCCUAUUAUGGAGCAUACUUACAAUACUUUCAUACUUAAAACAUUAGAGAGAGAAAAAAAUCAGGAGGAAAUUCUGUACAAUUGUUUUUGUGUUCCAUGUAUAACAAUUUAAAACAGGAAAAUAAAAGAGAAAAAUGUUAAAUAAGUAAAUAUUGCCCACUGUUCAACAAGUCUAAUAACUUUAUUAUCUCGGCUUAAAAGUCAAUAUAACGAUCAAAGUCUUUGAAUAUGCAAGUGAAAUGUUUAGACAAUACAAUAUAUGAACACUGUUCUUAUGAAACCUUCAUACCAGCCAUUUCAUAAAUGAUUUCUAUAUUGGG